AUGGACCCUGCCUGGACCGACGCCGACGCAGCACUCCUGCACGCGGCCUCGACGCACGACAUCGCCACACUCACCGCCCUCCUCAAGACGACCAGCGCGCAGGUGCAAACCCCCAUCACGCUCACGACGCCCCUGCACGCGGCCGUCUCCUCUCUGUCCGCCACCUCCCCCCCCUCCGAAUCUCUCGCAGCCGCAGAAACGGUGCGCUUACUCCUCCUCAACGGCGCGAUCUGGAACGACGUCGAUGCGAAUGGGGAUACGCCCGCUUGUAUUGCUUUCCGGGCGGGAGGUGCCGGUGGCGCAGGGAGCGCGGCCUAUCAGUUGCUUGUGGAGGCCGGCGUGAGGGCCGAGCUGAUUAUGGCUAGGUUUGGAGUGUUGGGGAGUGAUGAUGAUGAUGAUGAUGAUGAUGAUGAGGACAGUGGGGACGAGGGGGAGGGGGAGGGCGGGGAGGCGCUAGAUGGGGGGGAGGGGGAUGGGGGGGCACAGGGCGGGCUGGCGGAUGGGUUGGGUGAGGGAGGGCCAGAGGAUGUUAACGCGGAGAAGUAUCUCGCGAGCAAGCUCGUGUAUACAGGCGAAACACUGCUGGACGACGAGGCGAAUGGUGUGAUGAUGCAGUGGGAGACGGGGAUUAUGGUGAAGAGUGUGGAGAUGUUGUUGCCCAAGGGGGAGGUGGGGGAGGGUGGGGAGCGGGAGGAUGGGAAGGUUGGCAGGAGCGUGCUCAAUGUCGGCUUCGGCAUGGGCAUUGUCGACACCGCGUUCCAGGAGCGGCUCAACGCCGAGGGCGGCGGCGAACACUUCAUCGUCGAGGCGCACCCCGACGUGCUGGCGAAGAUGCGGAAGGACGGGUGGAUGGACCGGGCUGGUGUCACAGUGCUGGAGGGCCGGUGGCAGGAGGCGCUCCUCCCCCUCAUCUCCUCCGGGCGCACCUUCGACGCGAUCUACUUCGACACGUUUGCGGAGCCGUACAGCGCGCUCAAGACUUUUUUUAACGAGCUCGUAAUUGCGCUGCUCGCGCCCGACGGACGCUUCGGCUUCUUCCACGGCCUCGGCGCAGACCGUCGUGUCUCCUGGGACGUCUACACUCGCGUCGUUGAGAUCGAUCUGCUCGAUGCUGGAUUGGAGACGUCGUGGACGGAGGUGGAGAUUGAUGUGGAGGAUGGGGAAGGGGGGGAUAGGGGCAAGGGAAAGGGGGUGGUGAGUGAGAAGACGUGGAAGGGCGUCAGGAGACGCUAUUGGGAUGUCGGCGGCGUGUAUCGCCUGCCGGACCAGGGACAGGGCGAGGCGAAGAGGUUUAAGGCUGAGCAUGCGAAAUAA